GGCUAGCCGGCGGAGGAGACAUGAAGGGGCUGAGGAAGAGCACGCAACUCGGGACCGAGUUGUCCUGGGACCAGCGGAUCCGACCGCGAAAGAAGUACAUACUCCUGCUAUUCUUCGUGAUGGCCGGGGGGCUAUUCCUGCUGCCUCAGCUGCUCUACUUGAGGGAGCUGAACGAGGACACCAAGGGGAAGCUGAUCGUCGGCUCGGUUCAGGACACCCAUCGCAUAGUCGUCGGCGGCAAGCGGGUCGACAAGUGGAACCAGCCGUACCAUUCGAAGCUCAUACGCGACAAGAACGGCCGGACAGUGUCGUUGCGUGGCACACGGGAUCAAGACAUAGCCAAGUACCUCCCCAACAUCAACGGGAAAUUUGUGUGCUUCGCCUCGAAGAGGGAGAUUGAUUUUGUGAGGAUCAACGAUGAUUAUUGUGACUGUCCGAUGGACGGUAGCGAUGAACCAGGUACCAACGCCUGCAACAUUGGUUUCUUCAAUUGUGAAAAGAGUUCCAGGAAGUCAGCAGCAAGAAUACCGUCGUACAAAGUCAAUGAUGGACAUUGUGACUGUUGCGACGGUUCUGAUGAAUGGGCUGAAGCUGCGGUAUUGUACAAACUCAGUAAAUUAGGAGUAACUUUUCAUGGACCUAAAUGUCCAAACAAAUGUUAGUGCAGAGAGUGAGUUAUAAUUCAGGAAAGAAAGUGUCUUGUGUUUGAAUUUAUGCAUAAGAACGGACGCAUAAGAAUGCAUAAGAAUGAACAACCAAAUGUAAUAUUGUUAGAAUAUUUUUAUCAUUUCAGAUAUCACGAAAGCACAUUAAUUUAGUUGCAAAGCCAAGUUAGUAUAAUUAAAAUGGUCACCAAUAUUGUAAAAAAAUUAAUAACAAGGUUCUUCAAGGUUAAGAAGUUAUUUUUGAACUCAAAUGAAUGCUGAUAUCAUCAGUUGAGAAAUUGUUCAAUUAAGAAAAUAUUUUUGUUUAGUUCUAGGUAUGUUAUAACUAAGAAAAAAAAUUUGUUAUUUCUUUUUUAUUUAAAUGAAUAAUUUACUAAUAUAUUUAUAAAUAGUUAUGAAUAGAAAGAAGCAUCAGAUUUAAGAAAGUAAAUUUGAGUAAGUAGAUAGAUGUUACAAGUUUUCUGUUUAAACUAGCAUAACGCAAUACAUUCAUUUAUGAAGAAUAUUUUCAAAGAAUACAGUAAUAAGAACUAUAACUAGUAUAUGCAAAGGUGGUCCUUGUUUAUAUAUACAGAGAUAUUCCUCUCAUAUUAUUUAUACUAGCUAGACUUAGUUAUUUUUCUACAUAUAUUUAUU